AUGCUUCCACGCGCCCUCCCCCGCACAGUCCGUGCGGCCUCGUCCCGCAGCCCCUCGAGCAUCGUCGCUCGAGCCGCAGGCACUCCGAUCCGCGGCGCUACCGCCACCAGCAGAGCCCUCAGCACCAGCAACGCGCAGCGCGCCGCGGCCUCGCACGACGACCACGGUCAUGAAUCGCACUACGAUCCGCCCGGCGGGUGGCUGUGGGGCGUGCCGCCGGGGGAGAAGAGGGAGCGCGAGGGCUGGGAGAUCCCGUUCUUCACUAUGUACUGUGGCAGCUUGGUGAUUGCGGUUGUGGCGUAUACUAUGAAGGAGGAUACUUCGAUACAGACUUGGGCCUUGGAGGAGGCGAGGAGGCGGUUGGAAAAGGAAGGCAUCCUGGAGGAUCCGCAGAAGUGA